CCUGCUCUUGUCUCUGCAAUGCACACCAUUGUUCCAAUAUUUGCUCGCACGCCAGACUUCUCUUACAUAGCCCUCUUGUACCUCUUGACUAUCCAAUCGCUUGGGUCUCUACUAUCCAAACUCACCGCUUUUUCAACACAACGACGGGAAGCUUGCCCACCUACCGAUGGAUGUAUACAUGUCAGCGCUCUUCAACAUGACCAACGGCGGCAGGCACAGCCGCAGCACAAUGGCAGUGAGUGUACGGGAGCUUAGCUCUGCCGAUAGCAGCGUGGUUCACGUCGACAUCCACAGCGAGGCGGCAGUGCGGGCCGUUGUUGGGCGCAUCCUCCAAGGCGACUAUGCGCAUCUGCCGCCUGUGCGCGAGCUGAAGAGCCUGCUGAACAACCCGCAGCACCGGCAGAUCCUGCACCGAUCGUUCUGCACGCUGCGGCUGUCGCGGCUAUCGAUUGAUGAAACAACGGCGCGGGUGCUGGCGAUGGUUCUGCUCUCGCCGCAAUGCCGCUGCCGUCACCUGUCCAUGAACUCCUGCGCGUUCACGGAGCCCGGGCGGAAAAUCAUGUUUUCCGCCUUGUCGAUGAUGGGUGAGACGUUCUCACAGCCACUUUUGGUCAACCACCAGGCGCUCGCAGCGGCAGGCGGAGGCAAUAAGGCUUAUGCAUAUGGCGCACAGGCAGCAGGCAAUACAGCGCAAUUCGCCGAGUGGAGUGACGCCGCACACCCUCCCCAGCCGGCCUUCGACGAGCUCGACACGGCGCCCAUGGGUCUGUAUUCGAUGGAGUUUGUGCAGAUGGGGCUUACCGACAAGCGCUGCGAGUGGCUCGGCGAGGUCGUCGAGCAGCAGCCGUACCUGCGCAGGCUCAGUGUUAACGGCAACGUCAUUGGCGCCAAGGGGACUGCCAGCAUUCUGACGGGUCUGGCACGUGGGUGCCCGCAGAUCCAGUCGCUCAUUAUUACCAGCAACCUGCUGCAGUCGGCCGGUGCCCACCAUGUUGCGCAGUAUAUCAGGACGUCGGCUGAAAAGCUCGAGCAUCUGGAUGUCAGCAGCAAUCAGAUCGCUGCCGAUGGCGCUCAGGCGCUGAUGCGUGCCAUCAUCGAAUCUCCGCAGGUCCGCCUCAAGUCGCUGGUUCUUGACAUGAACCGCUUUGAGGGAGCCGGGAGCCGCGCCGUGGGCCAGAUGCUCGAGACCAACAAGUCGCUGGUGCGUCUGUCAUUUGCCCGCAACAACAUCUUUGGCGAGGGCUGCCAGCUGCUGUUUGCCAGCCUCCACAGAAAUUCGACACUGCAGCACCUCGAUCUGACUGGCAAUUUCAUCGACCACACGGGCGCCGAGGCAGUGCGGGAUUACCUGUGCCGCCCCAUGACUAGCAGCGAGCAGGGCGGACUCCUGUCGCUGGUUCUUUCGGCAAACCCAAUUCGCGACGACGGUGUCGAGGUGCUGUGCCAGGGACUGCGUGAGAACGGGCACUUACUAUACCUACACAUCAACCACAUCGACAUUACGGAUAGGUCGAUGGCAACCAUGGGUCAGACGCUGGAGUCGACGUCAAAGCAGGCCACAGCGCUGAUCAGCCUGUCGAUGCGACACAACAGCCAGAUAACCAAGGAGGGCUACACAGUCCUGAGCCAUGGGUGCCGGGCCAACCAGCACAUCCUGCGGAUCAACGCCGACAUGCCGUUCGACGGCUGGAGCAGCGUGUGGGAUAGUCUGGAGCGGGCAAUUACCCGCAACACGACGCUGGCUAUUGAGCGCUACACGGCUCCCCUGCUGAUGGUUGCCCGGGGUCGCAUCAUCCUGUAUUCGAGGCCGGCCCAAGACAGCUCUGUGUCAGAGGUCGGCUUUGCCCAGCUGCCGCUCGAUAUCCGUGAAAUCAUCCUGCACAAGAUUGACAGGUUCCAGGUGCUCAGACCCAGCCAGAGACGGCGGGCUGCCCGCAUUGCAUCCGACAUCAGAAUGCGCUUCUCGUCCAAAUUCUCGCUGCUCGAAGCUGUUCUUGGAUCUGAUUACCACUACGUUCGGCACAUUAUGCAGAUGCUGCACAGCUCGUAUCUUACAAACUAAUUGCUUGCGAAUAUCUUUCGUGUUAAAUAAGUUCACUCCGGCUAUUCUUCAACAAUCAGGUAGUCGCCACUUGAUCUCGACGCAGUCUGCAGCACCUUGCGCCCAAGCCUGUCUGACGGUUUAGACGAAUGAUCCAGACCAGCGUCUGGCGAAUCGACAGAAAACUCUAUCGGCUCGGCAAUGCGCACCAGAGGCUCGACACCGGACAGGUCCUCUGUCCUGGCCGCAGCCUGGAUAUGGCUCAAAAAGUCCCUCAGCUGGUGUGCAUCCUUUGACAGGCGGCCAAACUCUGCCGCUUUCUGUGUCGGGUCAGGCAUGCGUAGACCAGCGAGGUUGUACAGGUGCUGGAUGCCCUUGGCGUCCAAUGGAUCGUCACUGGCGCCUUCGUGCCCAGCAGCGUUGGUGGGUUUUUCCAGGAGCGUGCCGACGCUCCAGCUCGGUCUGCUCAGAGGGAACGACGAAUAUGCACGAGCGAAUGGCUGCGUUGAAGAGAAUAGU